UGUUUAUUCAUGUUUAAUUCUAAAGCCUUUACACAACAAGUGCAAACAAAUACAACCUCUUCCGAACCUCGAAGUUCCAGUAGGCCCACAAAUCCUGGUGUCUGCAUUGUUCUCAUCUCAUGGCGUCCAUUUUUGCUCCUUUCCGAAGAGGCUACAGGCAUCUGCAAUACCUCGCACAUGAACAGCCUGUCAUCUUUUGCUCUUGCGUCCUCGGACUCGCAGGACCAGUGCUUGCUCUGACUGUACCCGCAGUCAGAAGGAAUUGGCUCGGAUACACUCCCGCGGAGCCCAUACCUACCUCAUAUCCUUUGCCGAAACGGCCGAGAAAGCCUGUACAAGGCUAUGAGGACGAGUAGAGUAAUUGAUGGUCGGGAUAGAAUCAUAGAUAGUUCAUAAAAGUCGUUUCAUUAUAUCGACUGCUAUACGUGUGUAUUAGGCAAGCUAUCGGAGUCUCCUUUCAUCGCCUUGACCAAAUACCAUGGAUUUCCUUGCGAGAAUAUACUAUUGGUGUGUCAAUCGGUGUCACUCUUGCAUCCCGGACGGACCACCAAU